CAGGCGGAGAGCGCACGAGCCAGCGCCAGCCGCGGAGGCGAGCCCUGAGCCCGCGCCAGCCGGGAGCUCUGCCGUUUGAUUUUUCCUGCAGGCCUCUCGGUCGCCGCCCUGGACGCCAUGGACCUGCAUCUCUUCGACUACGCGGAACCGGGGAACUUCUCCGACAUCAGCUGGCCCUGCAACAGCAGCGACUGCAUCGUGGUCGACACGGUGACGUGCCCCAACAUGGCCAACAAAAGCGUUCUGCUGUACACGCUGUCCUUCAUCUACAUCUUCAUCUUCGUCAUCGGCAUGAUCGCCAACUCCGUGGUGGUCUGGGUGAACAUCCAGGCCAAGACCACCGGCUACGACACGCACUGCUACAUCUUGAACCUGGCCAUCGCCGACCUGUGGGUGGUGGUCACCAUCCCGGUCUGGGUGGUCAGCCUCGUGCAGCAUAACCAGUGGCCCAUGGGCGAGCUCACGUGCAAGGUCACCCACCUCAUCUUCUCCAUCAACCUCUUUGGCAGCAUCUUCUUCCUCACGUGCAUGAGCGUGGACCGCUACCUGUCCAUCACCUACUUCACCAGCACCUCGAGCCACAGGAAGAAGAUGGUCCGCCGCGUCGUCUGCGUCCUGGUGUGGCUGCUGGCCUUUUGCGUGUCCCUGCCCGACACCUACUACCUGAAGACCAUCACGUCCGCGUCCAACAACGAGACCUACUGCCGGUCCUUCUACCCCGAGCACAGCGUCAAGGAGUGGCUGAUCGGCAUGGAGCUGGUGUCUGUGGUCUUGGGCUUUGUCAUCCCAUUCUGCGUCAUCGCCGCCUUCUACUUCUUGCUGGCCCGAGCCAUCACGGCCUCCGGCGACCAGGAGAAGCACAGCAGCCGGAAGAUCAUCUUCUCCUACGUGGUGGUCUUCCUGGUGUGCUGGCUGCCCUACCACGUGGCCGUGCUCCUGGACGUCUGCUCCGUCCUGCACUACAUCCCCUUUACCUGCCAGCUGGAGGCCUUCCUCUUCACGGCCCUGCACGUCACGCAGUGCCUGUCCCUGGUGCACUGCUGUGUCAACCCGGUGCUCUACAGCUUCAUCAACCGCAACUACCGGUACGAGCUCAUGAAAGCCUUCAUCUUUAAGUACUCGGCCAAGACGGGCCUCACCAAGCUCAUCGACGCCUCCCGGGUGUCGGAGGCCGAGUACUCUGCUCUGGAGCCCAGCACCAAAUGAAGCCGCGUCUGGGGACGCGCGUGCUCGCUUCCAGCCGGGCCGCCCAUCUCCGGCGGUAACGCGAAGGGCUUUGGGGCUUGACAGCCGCGCAGCCUGAGGCGCGAAGGCGUCUCUCUCAGCUUCCUCCGUCUGUCUCUCGGGCCGGCCGGGCUGCCACGCGGGGGGGCCCUGGCUGCGCCACGCGGGGCCGGGCCGCCGGCCAAUGCCGCCCGUCCGGACUGGCGGCCGGGGGCUUGCCCGCACCUCUGUACUAUAGCGCUCUCUCUGUUUCCUGAAGGUUUUCUACGGCGAUUUGUAUUUAAAUGCUAAGACUUUAUUUUCUCCCUUUCGGUGUUAUAAAUGUAUUUGAAAGUUUAAAUAUAUUUUAAAUGUUGUACGGGAACUAUAAUGCUGACAUGUAUUCCUUGUGCUAGUUUUAAGGUUAGUUUGACUUCAGAUCUGACUAAGGAUGGCAGUGAUUGUUAGCCGUUGUGACGUUAUAUAUACAUAUGAAUAUAUAAAUAUAUCUCAGCCGUGGCGGAAAUGUGUUGCAUACGACAGUUCUGUAUCUGCGUGGCGCUGCGUCCCUGUGUGCGGUUGUGGCGAGGACUGCCCUAUCACGCAGUUUCUGACGUUAAUAGUAUCUGUAAACGAGCUGGGCAAACAAACAACAAGCAAGACUGUUCCAGGUGGGCAACGCCGUGCCUAAAAAGUGAACAGUCAUGGGUCAGAGAGCUCUCUCUCAAUC